GCGUAAAAUUCGCUGUUAGUCGGUGCCAAAUCGUGACCGCGUUCGCACACAACACAACCCUCCGGGAGUUUCGGGUAAGACGGUGACACACACAGUGAAGAUCGCCCCUCCGACACAAAACCCAUUAAGCGGUGGGAAGACGUGCUUAUGUGUGUGUGUGUAAAGUCGAAAAGAUUUAUCUAAAUUCGACCAGACAAGAUUCGCGUGAAAGCAAUGCAAAUGUGCCAAAAUGGAAGCAAAAUUGGUGAAAGCAAUUAAAGGUGAUGGUGUUUCAGGUGAAGUGAAGGCGAAAGGGAGUUCCAAGUGUUAAAUGGAAUGUAAAAGAUACGACAAAAAUCGAGAAGCUCAUUGUGAUUCAAACUGCGUUCGCUGUGUUUAACGAAUCAAAACGAGCAUCCCUGCAGUCCGUUGGAACGUCACCGUGCAGCGUGCGCCCGGGUCCUGGGUACGAUAAGACUCCACAUUUGCAAAGUCGUUGACUGGAAUUGCCUUCCUUCGUUGCCGUAUUUGGCCACAGCGUCACCAUCAUCAUCUCGGAGCGCCGUGUCGUCAUCUGAAUUUUGUUGGCUUCGCUGUAAUAAAGAGACGGGUCCAAUUUGCUAAAUGUGGCCCAAAUGCUAGCCUCCGCGUGGAGGGUAAUGGUGAAGAUACUUUUAGGAACUCAUUCCUGGAAUACGAGCAGCACGUGCAGGAGGAAGCCAGCGUAAGUGAGCUUUAUACGCUUGAUCCAGACAUAAAACCGAAGUCGUCGUAGCUGACUGGUCAAAGACCCGUGCCGCACGUUCCGCCGUACCUUCAACCGGCGCGCUUAAGCCAUCCACUGUACCGCGUCUCCUCACACAAGUGAAAAAGGGAUACGCACCGGACGUGACCAUAAAAAUUGACUCCUUCGCCUUCAUUUCCGCUCCCCUCCGGGGAACGCACGAGCAUCAUCAGCCUUGCCAGUUGUUGCGGUGCGGUCACAUUUUUCCGGCGGCGUGACAAAUCGAUCCCAAGUUGCUUCCGUUGCAAUCGAUACACGCGGUGCGCCCGGGAGCUUUCCCGGCCUACCCACGGGAAAUGAGAAAACGCAAACGCAUCAAACCGUAGCAGCAGUCGGCGGAGUCACACUCGGCAUUCACGGCGGCGUGCGAAAGUGUUGAUCAUGCCAACUGCCUGACGGUACGCCUGGCAUGUGCGUGUGAGUGGCAGUGAGUUUGGUGUUUUGCGUCCCGUCGGUGCGUCUACAGUGAAGCGUUCUAGAGGUGGCUAACAAGAAGAAAUAAAUUAUCAGUGGUGUGGUGUGUAGUUUGUAGCAGAAAAAAAAGAGCCGGUGUGAGUUAAGACGCCGGAAAAAGGACCGGUUGUGCCAUUAAAAAAAGGACUUUUCCGAGACCCAGCGCUCAAGAAGAUUAGUUUGAAGAAGAUGCAACAAUAAGUGCCACAUAGAGAAUGCUUCUCGGCGAGUCCCCGAUAAAUGGGACGAUCCCUUUUUGUGCUUUUAUGUUUGUGUGGUACAAGGAAACAAAGUGAACCUCGGAGUAAGUGAAUCUGUUCGUGCGUAAAACAAACCCACAAACUGUGUGUGUGUGUGUGUGUGUGUCUGCUAUCGUCCCCUUAAAGCUGCUUAAUUUGUGCAGUGUGCGUAAGUUACGAAACAGUACGACCCGCUGCAGAAGCUCCCAAGAACGACCACCCUUCAAGGUCGCCGAAGGAUGCGGCCCUUUCCAGUGGCAAACAACCGGCCGUCCCUUUUGCGGUAGAGACGCUGCAAAACAAUCCCCCCCCCCUGGGCGACCCCGGUGUUUAAUUCAUUUACUGCUCAAAGCACCCAAUUUCCUUGCUCGGCCUCACCAUGAACAUUAUGGACUCGGAGAACCGGGUCGUGCUGAACGUGGGCGGCAUACGGCACGAAACGUACAAGGCGACGCUCAAAAAGAUACCGGCGACCCGGCUGUCGCGCCUUACCGAGGCGCUAGCCAAUUACGAUCCGAUCCUGAACGAGUACUUCUUCGAUCGGCACCCGGGCGUGUUCGCACAGGUGCUCAAUUAUUAUCGCACCGGUAAGCUACACUACCCAACCGACGUCUGUGGUCCGCUGUUCGAGGAGGAGCUAGAGUUUUGGGGUCUCGACUCCAACCAGGUUGAACCGUGCUGCUGGAUGACCUACACGCAGCAUCGUGAUACGCAGGAAACGCUCGCCGUGCUGGAACGGCUCGAUCUCGAUACGGAGAAACCGACGGAGGAGGAGCUAGCUAGGAAAUUCGGUUACGAGGACGAUUAUCUAAAGGGUACGGUUUCCUGGUGGCAGCACAUGAAACCGCAAAUGUGGUCGCUGUUCGAUGAACCGUACAGCUCCAACGCUGCCAAGAUAAUCGGUGUGAUAUCGGUGUUUUUCAUCUGCGUCUCCAUCCUGUCCUUCUGCCUGAAGACGCACCCGGACAUGCGGGUGCCGGUCAUACGCAACAUCACGGUCAAGACGGCGAACGGCAGCACGGCCUGGGUGCUGGACAAGACGCAAACGAACGCCCACGUCGCGUUCUUCUACAUCGAGUGUGUCUGCAAUGCGUGGUUCACGUUCGAAAUUUUGGUACGCUUUAUCUCCUCGCCGAACAAGUGCGAGUUUGUCACGUCAUCUGUAAAUAUCAUCGACUACAUCGCGACGCUCAGCUUCUACGUGGAUCUGGUGCUGCAGCGGUUCGCCUCCCAUCUGGAGAAUGCGGACAUCCUCGAGUUCUUCUCCAUCAUACGCAUCAUGCGGCUGUUCAAGCUGACGCGCCACUCGUCCGGCCUCAAGAUCCUGAUCCAGACGUUUCGUGCGUCCGCCAAGGAGCUAACGCUGCUGGUGUUUUUCCUCGUGCUCGGCAUCGUGAUCUUCGCCAGCCUGGUGUACUAUGCCGAGCGGAUCCAGGCGAAUCCACACAACGACUUCAACAGCAUCCCGCUCGGGCUGUGGUGGGCGCUGGUCACGAUGACCACGGUCGGGUAUGGCGAUAUGGCACCGAAGACGUACAUCGGCAUGUUUGUCGGUGCGCUGUGCGCCCUGGCCGGUGUGCUGACGAUCGCUCUGCCCGUGCCCGUCAUCGUGAGUAACUUUGCGAUGUACUACUCGCACACGCAGGCCCGCGCCAAGCUGCCCAAGAAGCGAAGGCGUGUGCUGCCGGUGGAGCAACCACGCCAACCCCGCACAGCCGGUCAAGGAGGUGGCAUCGGUAUGCCCGGCUCUGGCCCAAUGGCACGCCGCAUGAACCAGGUGAAGACGAAGGAUCUGGGCCCGAAAAUUGGUCCGAUCGGGGCGAGCAUCGUUGCGAUGUGCCCGAAAAACGUGGGCCUGCACACCAAUCCAGCCCUCGCGAUGUGCAAGCCAACGUUCGAGGUUCGGCCGCCGAGCAUCGUACCGACCCCGAUGAUGCUGGUGCCGCGCGACUCCACCUACAAGCCGACCGUUACCACUCCGACCGCAAACAGUGGCACAGGUGGGUUGACCAUUACAGCGCUCGCCAAUGCGACCAGCACCAACAACAACAGCACAACGACCGUCAACAACAACAACAGUAAGAACAGCGCCAACAGCAAUAACGGCACCGGCGGAAAGACGAUCGCCAACAGUAAUAGCCAGAGCAGCAUCGUUAAAAGCGCCAGCGGACAGCUGGCCAACUCGGUGCUUAAGAGCAAUGGCACCACCGCGAAGGAGGCGAACGGCGAGGAGAAAAGUUUUCUCUGAGCGUUCGCGUGCACCGCCCUGCAGCGCCCGAAUGUAGGCAACCGCCCAGCACCGCCAACCGAAUGCCAAACACUUUGCAAACGCACCCACUCCUUACUAGCAGUAAGCGUUGUAAAUAUGAAUUGUAAACCCCGUUGUAUAUGAUGAUACCGUGUCGCCGCCGCCAGAUGGAUGAGAACCGACUCUCUAGUUCCCCGUACCGUUUCGUACAGUUCGUUCAAUAGUGUAUGUGUGUUCUUUUUUGUGCGUGUGUGUGUGUGUAACAUAAUUGUCACUUAUUCAGCCAACCGUUUCAAUCUUGGGCGCAGUUGGUGCGAUAGCUACACUGUCUGUUCGGUGGCCUGUGAAGGAGAAAGGUGGCUCAAUUUUCAAUUAUGCCUUGAGCGCUUGAACCAGGCAAUAAACGGCAGCACAUACCUUGCAAUGAUUGCGCAUAUUUUUAAUCGGAUAUUUGUAAGACAGAUGUUUGCCUGGAGAAUGUAUUUAAAUAAACGUGAAUAUUUUAUACUUCAUGCUCUCAGCUCGAAAACACGCUAAAGUAAGCUUUGUCAUGGUGCUUUUUUCUACCAUCCACCUGAGAGUUCUUGUAAAAAAAAAACCAACCAAUACGCCAAUCGUUCGCUUCUCUGUAAAGGUUUCUAUUGAAUGGAUGACAUGUUUGCUCAUUUUCAUGUUAAUUUUUAAUCUUAUUUUUUAAUGCCCCACAAGCACUCCAAUUCAUUACAAAAUCAAUUAUGUUUAAACUCCAUUUACAAUUCCGUUUACCACAGUAUGUGUUUUAAAAGCUUUGCCUCUAAACUGUAUUGUUUGUAAAAGAAACUCUAAACAAAACAAAAAAAAAACAAUGAAUAAAAGAAAGCAAAACACAGAAUCAUAAGCAUUGAAUGUGAUAAAAGUAGAUAUAAAAGCAUAAAAAAGGAAAGGCAAAUCCUGCGGGUGUGUCGCGAGCGUGUGUAUGAGUGUGAAGGCAAAAGUGUGCGACCGUUCGAAAUGUAAUUUACAACUUUUUGCUAGAACACUAUAGGAAAUAAAUAAACUCAUUCACAAAACUUGAUCGUCUCUCCCUGCAGCAGAAGCUCAAGUGCGGCGUACUUCAAUGCAAAUGCAUUCAAUUAAUGUAAAUCAAAACAGAGGAGGACAGAGCCGGAAAGGAAAAAAGUAAAGAGAAAAGUAAAACAAAUCACAAAACUAUCGUUUGCAGAUGACGGGAGGAGAAAUUAUGGAAAGCAAAAGCUGAAACACACAAAAACAACUAUUCUCACUUACCGAUUCACUGGUUGAGAAAAUCUAUCAAGCUUAACGUGUAAAAGUGAAUAUUAACAAAUAUGCCCAAAGCAAACCAACCCUAGCUACUUGCUGCACUACUUCAAGUAAGCGAUAAACGAAAGCAAAUAAAUAUAUUCAGAAAAUAAAGAAAUGAAACACACAAAUCUCCCCCAAAGCUCAUAAGAUAACACUUUACGAGUCGAGAAUUAAACGGAACAACAACAACGACAGAAGGCAGACAAACGGGGAUUGCUGCAGCAAAUCAGGGUCAUUUAUUGUUUUUUUUUGUUUUAUCCUUUAUUUUCCCUACUUCCCUCAAGGUAAUGUCUGACAGGAGUCAGGAGCACAACAAAAAAAAACACGGAAAAUGAAUGGAAAAUAUUAUCCCAGCACAAACAAAUUCUAGGAAAAUGCAAUUUUUAUUUGAUUUUUUGCCCUUUAAUCUUUUACCUACUAAGGGAGGGAGCGUACGCGCUUAUCCCCCACUGGGGACAAUUGUAUAAUCCGAUUUGUACGUUUUCAACCUUGCAGAAAGGGACGGACGCGAACAAAAAUAAAGCGCCAUGACUUUUGGGGGUUUUGAAAAAGUUGGAAAGAAAUCGUGUCUAACUUAACGUGUGCAAUAAGUUUAUGGCAAACGCGAUACCCGCUCCUUAACACUCUGCUCGUGCUGAUAGUCACAGGACGUAGGAAAUACAAAGGAAUGACACUUAUCGAGCCGUGGAUGGGGACGAAUCUAUUCACAAAAAAACAAAAGCCCGAAAGGCAAAGCAAAUUUCCAAACGAGGGUCACAAUAAAAAUAAUUACCGCAAAAAUCUA